UCGUGAGUCGGACGAUGGGUGCCACUCGGCUGCCGCUGGCACUGCUGUGCUUGCUGUGUGGACGGGCGUCCGCCAGCCAAGUGGAUUCAGUGACAGCUCAGCUGCUGGCGGAAGUGAACGGUGCAGCCGAUACGGACAGCUCCGGCACCAAAACCCAGCGCAGCGUCUUCCACCACGAUCACUAUUCCGGAUAUCCCGAGGGUUAUGCGCCUGUUGGCUACCAAGAUCCGUAUCACGCUCCGCUUCAGUUCGGAGCUCGCAUCCCAGAACACCCACUGAAUGAACACUUUCGGAAGCUGCAGAAAGCGCAGGCUGUCGAGUAUGCACCGAUCUAUAACAAACACGGCAAGCUGCAUUACAAGCCCAAGUACUACGAGUACCCCAAGUACAAGAAAACCAAGUAUGUUGCGAAGCCGGAACACUCCUAUCCACCUGCUCACGACCCAUACACGACUAGACCUGCGUCUUCACCUCACUAUGCGCCGCCCGCGCCUGCCCAUGACCCCUAUGCCCGCUUGCCUCCUCCUGCCCCAUUCCCUGUGCACGUGACGACCCCGCCCGCCCCUCUCCACAAGUUUCCACACGAACCCCGCGGCUACACGGAGCCCGCCUUCCGCGGCUACCGCUUGCCCGAGUCGUACCACGUCGCUCCCGAGUCUUACCACGUGACCGAGGAGUUCCACGUGACCGAGACGUACCCAGUGGUGGAAGCGUACGUGCCGCCGGCGCCACCCGUGUACCGGCGGCCGACACACGGGCACCGCGCCGGCAAGGCGCUGGGACGCUUCUCCUUCAACCCCGAGCCGUUUAUCGAGACGAUCGCAGUCGCGUACCACGAGAAUGAGCGCAACUUCGGCAGCCGCCGCCAGCCCAAGCACCACGCGCCGCCGCCCGAGGGCUACCCUGCGUACCGGCCCGAGUACGCGCCUCACACGCCCGAAUACGCGCCACCGCACGCGCAGGAGUACAUGGCGCCACACGCGCAGGAGUACGCGCCACCGCACGCGCAGGAGUACGUGGCGCCACACGCGCAGGAGUACGCGCCACCGCACGCGCAGGAGUACGCGCAACCGCACGCGCAGGAGUACGUGGCGCCGCACGCGCAGGACGGACCGUUACCCUGA